GGUCGGCAACGAGGAGCACGGCUGGACAGGGAGAGCAGGUGCAGGCUACAGCCAGGGCUCGCUGCCGAGCCCAUCUCCUCCGGCGCUCAGGGGCCGGUCCUGCGGCAGGUGCUUGCCCGGAGGCGGCGCGCCGGGGUGAGGCCCAGCAGACCUCCCGGGGCCGCCGUGCAGUGCCUCUGGAUGGGUGGCACCGGACCCGCCCCCGUCGAGGCUUCUCCUCACCUUUCCUGGCCAGAAGCCGCCCCCGAGGGGGCCGGGCCAAGCGCCGGCGGCGGGAGAGGGCGCCCGGCGCCGGCCCGCAGCUCGCUGGGGCAGCGCAGCCGUGACACCGUCGCGCCCUCCGGUUCCCUGAGCUGCCCCAGCCAUGUCCUCCAGUUCUCCCCCGGGCGAGCAGAAAAGCCGGAGCCUGGGCCGGCUAUCGCUGCCCCGGAGAGGCAGCAUGACGCCCAGCAAGAAGUCCUCGGCGCUGGAGCUGGCCGAGAACACCCCCAACGCCCACUACGCCCCACUCUCCGCCGCCCAGGGCGGGCAGCCGCCGGUGGGCUGCAGCCCGGAGCCGGGACGGGAGCGGUCGCUGCGGCUGAAGAGCGAGGUGGUGGUGCUGAACGCCGACUGCCCGCGGCCGCCCGUCAGCCUGGACCCCCGCGUCUCCAUCUACAGCCUCCGCAAGCCCCUGCUGAGCCGCAGCAACAUCCAAGGCAGGGUCUACAACUUCUUGGAGCGGCCCACGGGCUGGAAGUGCUUCGUCUACCACUUCACCGUCUUCCUUAUAGUGCUGAUAUGCCUCAUCUUCAGCGUGCUUUCCACAAUCGAGCAGUACGCAGCUCUUGCUACAGGGACGUUGUUCUGGAUGGAAAUUGUCUUAGUGGUGUUCUUUGGGACAGAAUAUGUGGUUCGCUUGUGGUCAGCAGGAUGCCGCAGUAAAUACGUUGGGAUAUGGGGAAGGCUUCGUUUCGCUAGGAAGCCUAUUUCCAUCAUUGAUUUAAUUGUAGUUGUUGCCUCCAUGAUAGUUCUUUGUGUGGGCUCUAAAGGUCAAGUCUUUGCAACCUCAGCUAUCAGGGGCAUCCGGUUCCUGCAGAUCUUGCGGAUGCUGCACGUCGACCGUCAGGGUGGCACGUGGAGGCUGCUGGGAUCAGUGGUCUUCAUCCACAGACAAGAGCUGAUAACUACGCUCUACAUUGGUUUUCUGGGCCUGAUUUUCUCCUCUUAUUUCGUGUACCUGGCUGAAAAAGAUGCUGUCAAUGAUUCUGGAGAAACAGAAUUUGGCAGCUAUGCAGAUGCCCUGUGGUGGGGGGUAGUGACUGUCACAACUAUUGGCUAUGGGGAUAAAGUGCCUCAGACCUGGAUAGGGAAGACCAUUGCAUCUUGUUUCUCAGUGUUUGCAAUUUCUUUCUUUGCACUGCCUGCGGGAAUCCUUGGGUCAGGCUUUGCCCUAAAGGUACAACAGAAACAAAGACAGAAGCAUUUCAACCGUCAGAUUCCAGCUGCUGCCUCUCUCAUACAGACUGCAUGGAGGUGCUAUGCAGCAGAGAACCCUGACUCCUCCACGUGGAAAAUAUACAUUCGAAAGCCUACCAGGAAUUAUCAUCUGCUGUCACCCAGUCCAAAGCCAAAGAAAUCAGUGAUGGUUAAAAAGAAGAAAUUUAAGUUAGACAAGGACAAUGGGCCUUCUUCUCCAGACAGGAUGUUAACCGUGCCACACAUCACUUACGACCACGUGGCGGAGGACAGGAAGCCUGAUUUCAGUUUCGAUGCCUAUGAAAAUUCUGUGAAAAAAAGCCCCACCUUUUUAGAUGUGAACACAGGACCCUUCAUCAGGACCAACAGCUUUGCCGAUGAGCUUGACCUGGAGGGUGAGACACUGCUGACCCCAAUAACUCACAUCUCACAGCUGCGAGAACACCACCGUGCUGCAAUUAAGGUGAUUCGCAGGAUGCAGUACUUUGUGGCAAAGAAAAAGUUUCAGCAAGCUAGAAAGCCCUAUGAUGUCCGAGAUGUUAUUGAGCAGUAUUCACAGGGCCACCUCAACCUGAUGGUGCGAAUCAAGGAGUUACAGAGGAGAUUGGACCAGUCCAUAGGGAAGCCAUCUCUUUUUAUCUCUGUCUCAGAAAAAAGCAAAGACCGAGGGAAUAACACAAUUGGUGCCAGGCUGAACAGAGUGGAGGACAAGGUUACACAGAUGGACCAGAAGCUGAACCUCAUUACAGAUAUGCUGCAUCAUCUGGUUUCCCGUCAGCAGGGGGAUCAAGGGAACAACAGAUCAUCUCAGAAAGGCAGCGGCGUGGGUUCAGAUCUUUUCCUCCCUAACAACACCCUGCCGACCUACGAGCAGCUGACGGUGCCGAGAAGAAACGAAGACGACGUGUCCUGAGGUGGUCUAAGUCUGGGUUGGGUUCUGCCCACCUUUCUCCUCUGGGCUGGGUUCUUCCCCACCUUUCUCCUGUCAAUGGGACUGAACUUUGAGAACCUGGAAGGAAUUAAGCCCAUCGUCCAUCCAGCACGUGACUCCUGUAGCCAAACCACUAGUCUCAAACGCACUCUUCUAACGCCACUUGUAGUAGCCCAAGGAUUGCCAGGCUGUCUUCUACCAGGGAAAACCUGCUGAAGCUCCACGUUGAUUUUGUCCAUGAACAAAUGAUCACAACUCAUUAUUUCUCAGAAAGAUCAAAAUGCUGUAAAAAGAGGCAAAACUCCCAGGGUGUAGAGCUCCUUUGAUAAUAAUGAUAGUAAUAAUAAUACUCUAA